AUGGCAGACAAGGAGGCGUCAGUUUAUAUCGUGGAUCUCGGUUCCUCCAUGGCCGAUUGUCAUAACGGCCGUUCCGAGCCAGAUUUGAACUGGAGCAUGCGCUAUGUCUGGGACAAGAUCUCUACUACGGUUGCGGCCUCGCGCAAGACAUGGACUGUCGGCGUUGUUGGUCUGAAAACAGACGAGACGCUCAACGCCAUGCAGGAUGACGAUGGCUACGAGAACAUUUCCGUGCUGCAGGAGCUAGGGCCCAUGACCAUGUCAUCACUCCGAGAGCUCAAAGAAAAGGUCAAGCCAAGUGAUACUGACGUUGGGGACGCCGUUUCUGCAGUGGUGAUUGCCGUAGACAUGAUUCAGACAUUUACCAAGAAGCUCAAGUAUAAGCGUCGGGUGUACCUCGUCACAGAUGGUCUGGCACCCAUUGAUGGAGACGAUGUUGAUGCAAUUGCAAAGAAAAUCAAUUCUGACGGAAUCGAGUUGAUCGUUCUGGGUGUGGAUUUCGACGACGCAGAAUACGGCUUCAAGGAAGAAGACAAGCCCUCAAUCAAGAGAAAGAAUGAGGAGAUCCUAAAAGACCUUGUCUCAAAGUGUGACCAUGGCCAGUUCGCAACCAUAGCAGAGGCAAUUGACGAGCUAGACACCCCACGUCUAAAGCCCGUUCGCCCUUACAAGACGUACGAGGGGCCGCUCACCCUCGGCCACGCCGACCCACCACCGGAGCUCAAGAUUCCACCCACGCCCGUCGUCAUCAACGUCGAGCGCUAUUUCAAAACCAAGCUCGCCCGCGCCCCUGCUGCCACCACUGUUGUCGUGUCGUCUGACCCCUCGUCGCAGUCGACGCACACCCUCGACGGAGAGCCCAUGGAAGGCGUAGAGACGACCAGCGGCUUUGCUGCAGUGAAAUCUGCCAGGACAUACAAGAUUAACGAUCCCGAUGCCCCUGGCGGAAAGCGGGACGUCGAGUUUGACUCCUUGGCUAAAGGAUAUGAGUACGGUCGCACGGCGGUGGCUAUUAGUGAGUCUGAGUGGAACGUCACCAAGCUCGAGACGGAGAAGUCGUUCACAAUCAUCGGUUUUAUCCCCUGUGACAAGUACGAACCUUUUCUUAAUAUGGGCGAAACUUGCAUAACAGUAGGUCGCAAAUUCGAUGAGAAGUCCCAACUGGCUCUCUCGUCCCUCAUCCACGCCCUCUAUGAGCUGGAGUCGUACGCCGUCGCCCGUAUUGUUCUCAAGGAGAAGAAGGAUCCUGUUCUCGUCCUCCUAGCCCCGCGCAUCGAGCCCGAUAUGGAGUGCUUAUAUGAUGUACCUCUUCCCUUCGCCGAGGAUGUCCGCGGGUAUCAGUUCCCGCCCCUCGACCGUGUCAUCACUGUCAGUGGACAAAAGAUCACUACAAACCACCGUCUUCUCCCUAGCGAUGAGCUCACAGAAGCGAUGAGUGACUACGUUGACUCGAUGGACCUCGGUACCUUUGACGCCGACGAUGAAGGGCAUUGCAGAAACCCCUCGGAAUACGCAGCGAUCGAUGACACCUACAACCCCGUAAUCCAUAGACUAAACCAAGCAAUCCGCCAAAGGGCAGUAAACCCGGAAGGACCGAUUGACCCCGUCCCGCCCAUCUUGGUCCGCUACGCCGCGCCCCCAGAGCCGCUUACCACGAAGAACAGCUCCGAAAUCGAGGCCCUCAUCUCCACGGCAGACGUCAAGAAAGUGCCUCCAAAAGCGAAGGGCAAACGCAAUCGCGAGACAGUCAAGCCGCUAUCAGGCCUCGACGUCGACGCCCUACUGGGAGCGAAACCCAAACGCGCUAAGAUCUCCUUUGAGAACGCAAUCCCGGAAUUCAAGCGUGCACUCACCGUCGCGGAGGAAGUCUCAGAGAUCAAGGACGCUGCGACGCAGAUGGGCGCGAUCGUGUGCUCGCUCAUCACGGACAGCUUUGGCGAUGCAAACUAUGCGCGCGCCGUAGAGAACUUGGGUGUAUUGCGAGAGAGCCUCAUCGACUUUGAAGAACCGGGCAUCUAUAACGAAUUUGCGAGGGAUCUCAAGAAGAAGAUUCUCUCUGGAGAAUUGGGCGGCGACCGUAGAGAGAUGUGGUGGAAGAUUCGAACAUCCCGGCUUGGGCUUAUCGACCAGGCCGCGUCCGAGGUUUCAAACGUCACGAGUGAAGAGGCUGAUGAGUUUUUAAAGUCAAAAUAA